CUCCUACCACGCAGCACAAACGCUAUAUUCAUCUGCUCCAGCUUGCAGUUAUUGAAACUCCCUCCAGGAACUUCUUGGUACUUUUCCCCACCGUGUGAGCCGCUCAACACAAUGUCAUUCAUGCCACGGGGCGAAAACAAGCGAGUUGCCUGGUCCGUUAAUCCAACAAUGUGGAGAACAUGCAGUAUUUUUUGCGCAUGGAGUCUGCUGUUCUUGACAGAGGUCUGCGCGCAGUCUCAACGGAGACCAACGUUCACAUGCGGCGGAAAUAUCACAGGGGAUUCUGGAGUAAUCGGGAGCCAGGGGUACCCAGGAGUGUACCCCCCAAACACCAAGUGUGUGUGGAAGAUCACAGUCCCUGAAGGCAAAGUAGUGGUGCUGUCAUUCCGCUUCAUUGACUUGGAGAGUGACAACCUUUGCCGCUACGACUACGUGGAUGUUUACAGUGGCCAUGUCAAUGGGCAGAGACUUGGUCGCUUCUGUGGGACGUUCAGGCCAGGAGCCCUGGUUUCCACAGGCAACAAGAUGCUCCUGCAGAUGGUAUCUGAUGCCAACACCGCUGGGAGUGGCUUCCUGGCAGUGUUCUCAGCCGCCCACCCGCAUGAGAGAGGCGAACAGUACUGUGGAGGACGCCUGGACAAGCCCUCAGGGUCCUUCAAAACCCCCAACUGGCCUGAGAAGGACUAUCCAGCCGGGGUGACCUGCUCCUGGCAUAUAGUGGCACCAAAGAACCAGAUCAUCGAGGUGAAGUUUGAGAAGUUUGAUGUGGAAAGAGAUAACUACUGCCGCUACGAUCACGUCUCCAUUUUCAACGGGGCUGAGAUCAAUGAUGCCAAGAGGAUUGGGAAAUACUGCGGCGACAGCCCUCCAGCACCGGUGUUCUCAGAGGGGAACCAGCUGCUGAUCCAGUUCCUGUCAGAUCUCAGUCUCACAGCAGAUGGAUUCAUCGGACACUACAAGUUCAGACCCAAGAAAUUCCCCACCACCACCGUACCACCCACCACCACCACACAGCCAGUCACCACCAGACCCAUACCUCUGAAGUACUCCGUUGCGCUGUGCCAGCAGAAAUGCAAAAGACGGGGAACUCUUGAGAGCAAUUACUGCUCCAGCAAUUUUGUGAUAACAGGGACUGUUAUUACCGCUGUGAUGAGAGGAGGUAGCAUGUACGCCACUGUGUCCAUCAUCAACGUGUACAAAGAAGGCAACCUGGCCAUCCAGCAGGCAGGAAAGACCAUGAGCACCAAAAUCGUCAUCCUGUGCAAGAAGUGCCCAUUUAUCAGACGAGGCUUGAACUACAUCUUCAUGGGCCAGGUGGACGAGGAUGGCCGCGGGAAGAUCGCCCCUCACCACUUUGUCAUGGCCUUCAAGACCAAGAACCAGAAAGGACUCAACGUUCUGAAAAACAAGCGCUGCUGAGGCCCGGCGGCUCUGAGGGGCUCCGCCGGGUCGAGCUGAGCCUCGGCUGGGGUUGGGAGCAACUGAAUUAAUAGUGAUGUCAUACUCAACAACAGAAACCGUAGUCUGGUUUAAAAAAAAAAAAAAAACAGUUAACCUACAUGCAGAGUUGAUGCUGAAUCUUCAUGGUUCAUCAGAAUUAAUUAACUCUGUUUUUUGUGUUUAUUCAAUAUUCUGGCUGAAGCAUCAAGGCACCAUCCAUCACAUUGGUUGUUUAGGGGUUGCAUGCCUUUUGAUACACAGAAAAAUGUUAAUUACUUCCACUUUGGCUUCUACUAGAAGACCACUUCAGUAGUCUGUUAAAUAAUAAAUCAUUUUAGAUUAAUCGGCUGUGAAAUUACUGAAAUUCUCAUUACCAGUCUCAGCCCAUCCUCACUCUGCCUAUUCAUUUAUUUCUGUCGUGCCCUUAGAAGGACUGAGGAGUGGACAGGAGGCUGCGGGAGCCCAGAUUUAGGAAGAUGAUGGUGCACAGUGAUAUGUUUCACUAACACUUUUCUGCAAGACAAAGAUUGAUCAAAUUUUUAAAAGUUUAACUGUGCAUGUUACGUGUCUGUUGUGACGUCCCAAGAUGUCUUUCAGUAGUUUUUUUUUUUUUUUGUCUUGUUUUCCUUUGGGGCUGGAGAGUGCAAUGUGAAGAAUGAGUGGGAUUUAAUAUUAUGUAAUAUAAAGAAAGAGAUAUCUUUUUGGCAGAACACACUUUAAACUUCACGAGCUUGAGCAACAUCCAUUGAUGAUGUGUGGCCAACUGAUUGUUUUAGUUUACAGUGUUUAGUAAUUGCCUUUAAUUCCUAUGUUCAAUUUGAGUGGACAAGAGUUGGGGGGUAUUUUAUGUGGUGAUUCCGAGUGCAAUACUUAAUAUAUAGGACUGUUUAAACAUGAUUUGGUCAUGCUGCUUCUAUGUGCAGCAAGUGAGUCCCUUUUUAGCCAAAGCCUUUUUCUUUGUUUGUUUUU